GAUAGUAAAGGCGUGCUGUUGGCUAGGUAAGGGUUUGACUUUCCAGGUUUCCUACUCAAAAGUACACUUGAACCUCAAGUAUCUUUUUUUCUUUGUUUUACGUCGAAAAACACCUAAAAUCCCCAGUUUUCACGCACUGCAUUUCCAAAUUGAAAUUCACAAAUUCCCCCCCCCCCCAAUCGUCUGGAAACCUGACCCGGCAAUAUCCUGGCAGCUGGGGCUCUGCCGUGAGUCUUUAGGAAUGGGAUUUUCUUUGGAUCGACGGAGAUUACCGAAUACCCCCUGGAUACAUCAGCACCCGUGAGGUGCCAUGCUUCGGUAAAUGCACUUUGAGAAGAAGCGCCCUUCUUCCAAAAACUAAAAUGCACUUGCCGAAGGCCUCGAUCUCGAAGGUUAGCCAGGGUUUGUGUUUAAUGGUAAACAUAUAAAGGCGCAGAUGCCUUAAGGUGCCUCGAUGGCUGUGACGGUCCAAGAUAGGCUAGACCCGCACAUAAAAAGGAGGGAAGCGCUAGAGGUUCCCAGACCGGAGAAACAACCCACUCCUCCGGAUCCCUCCCUGGGGGGAAAGCUCUCAUGCAAAAGAUGCCGUUCACUUGGCUGUGUUUCGGUUGAUGCCAAUCCCAAGGGAGAAGGGGGUUAGGAAAGUGUGGGAAGAACCCCAGAAGCCAAAGGAGAGAGGAGUCCGUGUUAGGUGUCUAUGAAGGGAAUAGGGGUGGUGUUCGCCAGGAAGCCUGCAGUUCAGCAGGGUGAACUGCCGAGGAAGGGUCUCCUGGAUAGUAAUGCCUACAGAGGAGCCGUUAAGGAAGGUUCGGGGCGCAGCCUGUAAAUACAACACGGGUCACGUUCCUUGAAAACGUGGUUAUUGUGGGGCAUGUUUCCCCUGGAUUGACGUGCCAAAUUAGGCUCUGAUCUGUACCGGAAGCCCUGGGAAAAACAGAAGUGACUUUAUUCUCCAUCUAUUGCACUGCUAAACCAUCGCUAAGCUGUCAUUUCGACUUUGUUAAAGUAGUUCAACUUAAGUUGUGAUACGAAUGGGAAUCUUUGCAAGAGGCUGCAGAAGUACGAUCUUGCUUGGCUGAUCACGGUAGUGGCUUCUCAACUUUAGCGAAGAAUCUGUCCAGCUUAGGUUGAACGGCAGCCUUCUUUUCGUCAUAAAGUACCUUGUAGCAGGUUAACUCUUUCCGAACACCUCUAAGCAUCUUUGAACUCCUCACAAAGCACGCUGUUCGGGGUGUUCUUCUGAACUAGGUCAGAUUCCUGCAGAGAACACACAUCCCUCGAAAGUUCUACUCAGAAAGAGGAAGAGAAGGUGUAAGGGUCCCGGAGAUCCAGCAGGGGACAUGGCUGAGAAGCAAGGAAAGGCAAAGGCAAAGCUGAAACACCUCAAAGAUGAGAAGGAUAAAGAUGAUGAUGAAUGGGCAGGUUUCAGUGGCCGUCCAAGUGCCUUCAGAAGGGAAGAACCAAGAGAGCCAGCACUUAAAAUUGCCAGCAGCGAUGAGGAUGAGUGGGAAGAUGUAGAAGAACUUACAGACUGCAUGCCGUAUGAGAAGAAGGGAUCUUCUUCUUCCUUUGAGCCAUUCUGGUCUAGCAAACCUGUGGAAAUAGAGAUUGAAACCCCGGAGCAGGCAAAGCUAAGAGAGAGAAGAGAAAAGGAGCAAAUUGAAUUUCAGACUUAUCUCCGGAGAACAAUCAAGCGUUUUCAUAAGGAAGUCACUGAGGAUAUGCACAAGGUUCAUCUGCUCUGCCUCCUUGCCGAUGGCUUGUAUCGGAAUACUGUCUGCAAUAUGGCAGAUCUUCAAGCCAUCAGUUUCUCCAUCAUCCCAGAGGAGUUUACGACAGUACCGCCCAGAAAUGUUAAUGUCUUCUAUCUCUCCAACUUGGUAAAAUGGUUCACUGCAACAUUCACGAUCAAUCCCAACCUCCCUACUGAAGGUCAGAGGAGCAUGGAGUACACCUUAAGCGGACGAUUUGCUAUCUAUUCUGCACGUGAUGAAGAAGAAUUAAUCCACAUGUUUUUACUGAUUCUCCGAUCAUUGCAAUUCUUCACUCGACUGGUUUUGUCCUUGCAGCCCAUUCCUCUGAAAUUGCACCUUGCAAAGAGUAAGAAGACCUCCAAGUUCAACUUCCUUGAAGGUCCUGGGGUCUAUACCGGGAAGCCUGAACUGGCCGACCGAGGAGAACAUGGAACAAGUUAUUUUAGAAGCCUGUGGGAUGACAAAGGUCCAGAGCAUUCCAGGGACCCACUGUUCAUGGACAGGUCCCAACUGGACAGAGAGGAUUGGGAACAGCCUACUUCCAGCAAAAAAUGCAGAGCCGAGGAAAUGCAGGAAGCCCAGAGGACCAGGAGUGCCACGCGGGAUCGCAUGACUCCACAGGUGCGGUACAAAGAGGAGAGUGAUAGUGACACAGACUUAAGACUGAUUAGUGGAGAUGCCCUACCUAAUGUAGAUUAUAAGCUGGCCACUUGGUGCCCCAAACCAAAGAAGAAGCCACAGAAUAGUGCCAGAAAGCUCAUGGCGACGGGCCCCCUGGAAAUUAAACAGCCCACGAUCGAGGCCAAGACUCCGAGCUCCUCAGGGACCAGAAGGCGUAAAAUCACUUUCACUGACGAAGAGGAGGAAAUGAGGCGAGCUACUGGUACGGACCAGUGGCUGGAAGUGUUCUGCAGCGAGGAUGAUAAAUGGGUUUCUCUGGACUGCGUGCACGGGGUGGUGGGGGAGCCCGAGAUCUGCUUCAAGUACGCCUCAAAGCCCGUGUCCUAUAUCCUGGGCAUUGAUAAUGACGGCUGCGUCCAGGACGUCACCAAGAGGUAUGACCCAGCCUGGAUGACGACCACUUGCAAGAACCGUAUAGAUUCGGCAUGGUUGGCCAAGACCUUGACCCCGUACGAGACCCCUUUCAGAGCAAGGAGAGAAAAAGAAGAAUUGGAGUUUCAGACUAAGCUACAAGAUCAGCCUCUGCCCACUGCUGUUGGAGAGUAUAAGAACCACCCUCUUUAUGUCCUGAAGAGGCAUCUCCUGAAAUAUGAAGCCAUCUACCCAGAGACACCCCAUAUCCUUGGGUACUGCCGAGGGGAAGCUGUAUAUUCCAGGAGUUGUGUGCAUACUCUGCACUCCAAGGAUACCUGGUUGAAACAAGCAAGAGUGGUGAGGUGUGGGGAAGUGCCAUAUAAGAUGGUGAAAGGAUAUUCCAAUCGAGCCCGGAAAGCCCGGCUGGCUGAUCCCCACGGCCAAGAUCAAGACGACUUGGCACUCUUUGGCUUCUGGCAGACGGAACCGUACCAGCCCCCAGUGGCAAUGGAUGGAAAGGUUCCCCGAAACGCCUAUGGGAAUGUCUACCUCUUCCAGCCCUGCAUGCUUCCUAUCGGCUGUGUCCACCUGAAACUGCCCAACCUGCAUCGUGUGGCCCAUAUACUGGGCAUCGACUGCGUCCAGGCCAUCACUGGUUUUGAAUUUUAUGGCGGCUAUUCACAUCCAAUAACUGAUGGCUAUAUUGUCUGUGAAGAACACAAAGAAAUACUCAUAGCUGCUUGGGUCAACGAGCAGGAAAUUAUUAAACAGAAGGAGAGCGAGAAACGAGAGAAGAAAAUACUGAAUAAAUGGGUGAUGCUGAUGAAGGGACUUCUCAUUAGAGAGAGACUGAAAGUACGCUAUGGGAUCAAGAAAGGAUUGGUGCCUCCACCUGCAAAAGCAGAAGGAUUUUCUUCUGGUGAAGAAGGUACCAGCUCCAAGGCAGAAGUCAAGGAUUUGGCUGUCUCUGGGGCCCAAAACCGCCAAGCCAAAGAGGUGUCAGAGGAGGAGGAAAUGAAGAAGACCAAUGGGAAAGAGGGAAAAGAAGGCGCAGACCCGUAGCGAGGAGCAACGUGCUGAUUGCUCUGAUCCUGCGAGCCUUAUUUCAAACCCCUGAUCAUUAAUUGCAUUUUAAUUCUCAGUUUACAAGUUUUAAGGAGAGCGUUUGCACUGUAUGUGUCCAGAUGUUAAAAGGCAAUGGUUGUAUGUGUUCAAAAUUCAAAUGCAUACAAUUCAAAUUUG